GCCGAGCAUUGUCCUAAAGGCCGGAAAAAGCGGGGCGCGAGCCUGGGGGGCCCGCCACGUGGCCGCUGGAGGAUUUACAACGUUUUCUGUCGCCGCCGGCAGUGUUGGAACAUGUGUGAAAGACGACGCGCGGCCGGGACGCGAGCGUGAGGCGCGGCAAGGAGGGCUGCUGGCCCGCUGCUGUGCUGCUGAACAGUAUGCAGUCCUUCCGGGAGCAAAGCAGUUACCACGGGAACCAGCAGAGCUACCCACAGGAGGUCCACGGCUCAUCCCGGAUAGAAGAGUUCAGCCCUCGCCAGGCCCAGAUGUUCCAGAAUUUUGGAGGUGCAGGUGGUGGCGGUAGUGGCAGCGGCAGUGGCGGUGGCCGUCGAGGGACAGCAGCAGCUGCUGCAGCGAUGGCUAGCGACACCUCUGGCCAUCAAGGCUACCAGGGGUUUAGGAAAGAGGCUGGAGAUUUUUACUACAUGGCAGGCAGCAAAGACCCCGUGGCAACAGGAACCCCACAGCCUCCUCAGCGACGGCCUUCUGGGCCUGUGCAGAGCUACGGUCCCCCCCAGGGGAGCAGCUUUGGCAGUCAGUAUGGGAGUGAGGGUCAUGUGGGCCAGUUUCCAGCCCAGCACUCUGCCCUCGGCAGUGUGUCUCAUUACCAGCAGGAUUACACAGGGCCUUUCUCUCCAGGGAGUGCGCAGUAUCAGCAGCAGGCUUCUAGCCAGCAGCAGCAGCAGCAGCAGCAGCAAGUGCAGCAGUUGAGACAGCAGCUUUACCAGUCCCAUCAGCCUCUGCCACAGGCCACUGGUCAGCCGGCGUCCAGCUCGUCCCAUCUACAGCCCAUGCAGCGGCCUUCCACUCUGCCGUCCUCUGCUGCUGGUUACCAGUUAAGAGUGGGUCAGUUCGGCCAGCACUACCAGUCCUCUGUUUCCUCCUCCUCCUCCUCCUCCUUCCCUUCCCCACAGCGCUUCAGUCAGUCUGGACAGAGCUAUGAUGGCAGUUACAGCGUGAAUGCUGGGUCCCAGUAUGAAGGCCAUAAUGUGGGUUCUAAUGCACAGGCUUAUGGAACACAAUCAAAUUACAGCUAUCAGCCUCAAUCCAUGAAAAAUUUUGAACAGGCAAAGAUUCCACAAGGGACCCAGCAAGGGCAGCAGCAGCAGCAGCAGCAGCAGCAGCAGCAACAGCAGCAGCAGCAGCAGCAGCAGCAGCACGCCGCUCAGCACGUGAUGCAGUACACCAACGCUGCCACCAAGCUGCCCCUACAGAGCCAGGUGGGGCAGUAUAACCAGCCUGAGGUUCCUGUGAGGUCCCCCAUGCAGUUUCACCAGAACUUCAGCCCCAUUUCUAACCCUUCUCCGGCUGCCUCGGUGGUCCAGUCUCCAAGCUGCAGCUCUACUCCAUCUCCUCUCAUGCAGAGUGGAGAGAAUCUCCAGUGCGGCCAAGGCAGUGUGCCCAUGGGUUCCAGAAACAGAAUUCUACAGUUAAUGCCUCAGCUCAGUCCAACCCCAUCCAUGAUGCCCAGUCCUAAUUCUCAUGCUGCAGGCCUCAAAGGGUUUGGACUGGAAGGGGUGCCAGAGAAACGACUGACAGAUCCUGGCUUGAGUAGUCUGAGUGCCCUGAGUACGCAAGUGGCCAAUCUUCCUAACACUGUCCAGCACAUGUUACUCUCAGAUGCCCUGACACCUCAGAAGAAGACUUCCAAGAGGCCCUCCUCGUCUUCUAAGAAGGCAGAUAGUUGCACAAACUCUGAGGGCUCCUCACAGCCUGAAGAACAGCUGAAGUCCCCUCUGGCAGAGUCCUUGGAUGGCGGCUGCUCCAGCAGCUCAGAGGAUCAAGGGGAGAGAGUGAGGCAGCUGAGUGGCCAGAGCACCAGUUCUGACACCACCUACAAGGGGGGGGCCUCAGAGAAAGCUGGCUCCUCACCUGCACAAGGUGCUCAAAACGAAGCCCCCAGACUCAGUGCCAGUCCUGUAACCAGAGAAGAAGCCACCUCGCCAGGUGUCAAGGACACAGCCUUGUCCUCUGAGGGGAACCCAAAAGUCAAUGAGAAGACGGUUGGGGUAAUUGUCUCCCGGGAAACCAUGGCAAGUAGGGUAGAAAAGCCUGGUGGACAAGAUAAAGGCUCCCAGGAGGAUGAUCCUGCAGCCACUCAGAGGCCCCCCAGCAACGGUGCAGCCAAGGAAAGCAGUCUUGCCCCACUUCCACAGCCGGAGCCUCCAGGAGGAGGGAGCAAAGGAAGCAAAAACGGAGACAGCAACUCCAGCCACAACGGAGAGGGAAAUGGCCAGGCUGGCCACACUGCGGCGGGGCCUGCUUUCACAGGCAGGACCGAGCCCAGCAAAUCCCCUGGAAGCCUGCGCUACAGUUACAAAGACAGUUUUGGGUCUGCUAUGUCGCGAAAUGUCAGCAGCUUCCCUCAGUAUCCUACAGGGCAAGAAAAGGGAGAUUUCACUGGCCAUGGGGAACGAAAGGGUAGAAAUGAGAAGUUCCCCAGCCUCCUGCAGGAAGUGCUUCAAGGUUACCACCACCACCCGGACAGGAGAUACUCCAGGAGUGCUCAGGAGCACCAGGGGAUGGCUGCCGGGCUAGAAGGAAGCUCAAGGCCCAACGUCUUAGUCAGUCAAACCAAUGAACUAGCCAGCAGGGGUCUACUGAACAAGAGCAUUGGAUCCCUGUUAGAAAACCCUCACUGGGGCCCCUGGGAGAGGAAAGCUGGCAGCACGGCUCCUGAGCUGAAGCAGAUCAGUCUGGCUGACUAUCCAAUUCCCAGAAAGUUUGAAAUGGAGCCUCAGUCAUCAGCCCAUGAGCCCGGAGGCUCCCUCUCUGAAAGAAGAUCCGUGAUCUGUGACAUUUCUCCACUGAGACAGAUUGUCAGGGACCCGGGGGCCCACUCCCUGGCGCACAUGGGUGCUGACACCAGAAUUGGGAGGAAUGAACGUCUGAACCCAAACUUAAGUCAGUCCGUCAUUCUUCCAGGCGGGUUGGUAUCCAUGGAAGCAAAGCUGAAAUCCCAGAGCGGGCAGAUCAAAGAGGAAGACUUUGAACAAUCCAAAUCCCAAGCUAGUUUCAACAACAAGAAGUCUGGAGACCACUGCCAUCCUAGCAGCAUCAAGCACGAGUCUUACCGUGGUAAUGCCAGUCCAGGGGCAGCAGCCCACGAGUCCCUCUCAGACUACGGUCCCCAGGACAGCAGACCCACGCCAGUGCGUCGGGUCCCCAGCAGGGUUGGUGGUCGGGAAAGUAUGAGGGGUCGGUCUCCUUCUCAGUAUCAUGACUUCGCAGAAAAGUUGAAGAUGUCUCCUGGGCGGAGCAGAGGCCCAGGGGGAGACCCUCAUCACAUGAACCCACACAUGGCUUUCUCAGAGAGGGCCAACAGGAGUUCUCUACACGCACCCUUUUCUCCCAAUUCAGAAAGCCUGGCCUCUGCUUAUCAUGCAAACACUCGGGCUCACGCCUAUGGCGACCCCACAGGUUUGAAUUCGCAGCUCCAUUACAAGAGGCAGAUGUACCAACAGCAGCAAGAGGAGUAUAAGGACUGGAGCAGCAGCUCUGCUCAGGGUGUGAUUGCUGCCGCACAGCACCGGCAGGAGGGGCCCCGGAAGAGCCCACGGCAGCAGCAGUUUCUUGACAGAGUACGGAGCCCUCUGAAGAAUGACAAGGAUGGUAUGAUGUAUGGCCCACCGGUAGGGACUUACCACGACUCCAGCGCUCAGGAGGCCGGGCGCUGUCUCGUGCCUGGUGAUGGUCUGCCCAACAAAGGCAUGGAAUUGAAGCAUGGCUCCCAGAAGUUGCAGCAAGAGUCUUGUUGGGAUCUUUCUCGGCAAACUUCUCCAGCCAAAAGCAGCGGUCCUCCAGGGAUGUCCAAUCAGAAAAGGUAUGGGCCGCCCCAUGAGACUGACGGACAUGGACUAGCUGAGUCUGCACAGUCGUCCAAACCUGGUAAUGUCAUGCUGAGGCUUCCAGGUCAAGAGGACCACUCCUCUCAAAACCCCUUAAUCAUGAGGAGGCGUGUCCGUUCCUUCAUCUCUCCCAUUCCCAGUAAGAGGCAGUCACAGGAGGUAAAGAACAGCAACGCUGAUGAUAAAGGACGCCUCCUUCACCCACCGAAAGAAGGCGCUGAUAAAGCAUUCAAUUCCUACGCCCAUCUUUCUCACAGUCAGGACAUCAAGUCUAUCCCUAAGAGAGAGUCCGCCAAGGACCUUCCAAGUCCAGAUAAUAGAAAUUGCCCUGCUGUUACCCUCACAAGCCCUGCUAAGACCAAAAUACUGCCCCCACGGAAAGGACGGGGACUGAAAUUGGAAGCUAUAGUUCAGAAGAUCACGUCCCCAAAUAUCAGGAGGAGUGCAUCCUCGAACAGCGCAGAGGCUGGGGGAGACACGGUGACGCUCGAUGACAUCCUGUCUCUGAAGAGUGGGCCUCCCGAGGGCGGCAGCGCAGCCAUUCAGGAUGCUGAGAUGGAGAAGAGAAAAGGCGAGGUGGUGUCUGACCUGGUGAGCCCAGCACACCAGGAGCUGAGUGUGGAGAAGCCUCUCUCACGGUCUUCAGAAGACUGGCGUGGCAGUGGGGACGACAAAGUGAAGACAGAGACACGUCCAGAAACAGUUCCUGCUGGAAAGGAACCCCCUGGCGCCAUGGCCUCCGUGACCUCACAGAAGCCUGGUAACCAAGGGAGACCAGAUGGUCCCCUGGGUGGGACUGCACCUUUAAUCUUCACUGACUCAAAGAAUGUACCCCCAGUGGGCAUAUUGGCCCCUGAGACAAACCCCAAGGCUGAAGAGAAAGAGAACGAUACGGUGACGAUUUCGCCCAAACAGGAGAGUUUCCCUCCAAAGGGAUAUUUCCCAUCCGGAAAGAAGAAGGGAAGACCCAUUGGGAGCGUGAAUAAGCAAAAGAAACAGCAGCAGCCCCCGCCUCCCCCACCUCAGCCCCCGCAGAUACCAGAAGGUUCUGCAGAUGGAGAACCAAAGCCAAAAAAGCAGAGGCAGCGGAGGGAGAGAAGGAAGCCUGGGGCCCAGCCAAGGAAGCGGAAAACCAAACAAGCAGCUCCCAUCGUAGAACCUCAAGAACCUGAGAUCAAACUGAAGUACGCCACCCAGCCGCUGGAUAAAACUGACGCCAAGAACAAGUCUUUCUUCCCUUACAUCCACGUAGUGAAUAAGUGUGAACUCGGAGCUGUGUGUACAAUCAUCAAUGCUGAAGAAGAAGAACAGACCAAAUUGGUGAGGGGUCGCAAGGGCCAGAGGUCACUGACCCCUCCACCCAGCAGCACUGAAAGCAAGGUGCUCCCAGCUUCGUCCUUUGUGCUGCAGGGACCCGUUGUGACAGAGUCUUCUGUUAUGGGGCACCUGGUUUGCUGUCUUUGUGGCAAGUGGGCCAGUUACCGGAACAUGGGUGACCUCUUUGGACCCUUUUAUCCGCAAGAUUACGCAGCCACUCUCCCGAAGAAUCCACCCCCUAAGAGGGCCGCAGAGAUGCAGAGCAAAGUUAAGGUACGGCACAAAAGCGCUUCGAAUGGCUCCAAGACGGACACUGAGGAGGAGGAGGAGCAGAAGGAGCAGAGGAGCCUGGCGGCGCACCCCAGGUUUAAGCGGCGCCACCGCUCGGAAGACUGUGGCGGAGGCCCUCGGUCCCUGUCCAGGGGGCUUCCUUGUAAAAAAGCCGCCGCAGAGGGCAGCAGCGAGAAGACUGUUUUGGACUCAAAGCCCUCCAUGCCCACCACUUCAGAAGGUGGCCCCGAGCUGGAGUUACAAAUCCCUGAACUACCUCUUGACAGCAAUGAAUUCUGGGUCCAUGAGGGUUGUAUUCUCUGGGCAAAUGGUAUCUACCUGGUCUGCGGCAGGCUCUACGGCCUGCAAGAAGCGCUGGAAAUAGCCAGAGAGAUGAAAUGUUCUCACUGCCAGGAGGCAGGCGCCACCUUGGGCUGCUACAACAAAGGCUGCUCCUUCCGAUAUCAUUACCCGUGUGCCGUUGAUGCAGACUGCUUGCUGCAUGAAGAGAACUUCUCGGUGAGGUGCCCCAAGCACAAGCCUCCCCCCCCGUGCCCUCUCCCCGCCUUGCAGAACAAGACCGCGAAAGGCAGCCUCAGCACAGAGCAGUCGGAGCGGGGGUGAGGGGGCGGUGUCUCGCGGGAAUGGAAAGGACAGCAAGCACAGGUGAGACUGUGGAGAUGAGAAGGUGGUGGACACUUGUGAUGGAAUGGAAAUCUUCCUAUGUGCAGCCACGCCCCGCCCCGCCCCGCCCCGCCCCGCCGUGCCUGCCAUGCCAGCACGUCCCUCCCAAGUUCUCACAUCACACACAAACCGGUGGCACCGCAGGAAAGACAGACCCAAGAUGUUGGAAUGGCUGUUUCCAUGGACACAAUCUCCAUAGUGACAAUGUGGGGG